GAACCCCCGGACCCCCCUUUCUUUCAACUUCCCAGUAAAGCGCAUCUGCGUAAGCAUCACACAGCUCAGGCUGGAGAUAUAAUAACUGAUAGAUACCGGGGGAGACCCCCGGACCCCCCGUGAGCGGAGAACCCGUUAUCACCACGUGACACAAAUCCCUCAAAACAUCCCAGCCUACCAGGUAUCGGCCUCAUCUACAAACCCACCCCUCCCAAACCCAAAGCCUGGAAUAUCCCCCCCCAGUAAACCCAGAAAAUGGCCCCAUGGCGCCCCCCGAACCCGUCGCCCCCGAGUUCUACCCAGCCUACUGCUUCAAAGCCUCCCCGACCCACUUCACCUGGGUAAAGAUGGCCGUCGCCGACGUGCUGCAGUUGACCCGCCGGGCCGAGUAUCCAGAAGGAAUAUUCUUCCACCAAAACCACCCCAUCCACUUCAUCGCCGUGGCGGGCCUCAUCACCGCGCGCACCGAGUACCCGCGCGUGACCGUGCUCACCCUCGACGACAGCAGCGGCGCCGUCCUCGACGUCGUCGUGCAGAAAGCCGAUGCGGCCGCGGUAGGACCAGCACCAGCGCCAGCGCCAGCACCAGCAGCACCAAUAGCUCCGGCUACAGCCCCAGCGGAAGCGUCCGGCCCAGCAUCCACCGCCCCAGACCCAACCACCGCAAGCGCACCGCACCACAUCGCCCCGACAACCGCCCUCCCGCUCGACAUCCACCCCCUCGUGCCCGGCGCCCUCGCCCACCUGAAGGGCACGCUGUCGAUCUACCGCCACACCAGGAUACAGCUGCAGCUCGAGCGGUGCGCCCUGCUGCGCGGCGGCGGCGGCGGCGUCAACGCCGAGAUGCGGUUUCUCGAGCAGCGGGAUCGGUUCCGCGUCGAGGUGCUGGAUGCGCCGUGGGUGCUGGCGGCGGAGGAGGUGGCGCGGCUGCGGCGCGAGGCGGAUGCGGAAGAGGAGCGCGGGGAGGCGGAGGUGGCGAGGUGGAGGCGGCGGGCGAGGCGGAGGGUCGAGAGGGAGGAGCGCGACGGCCGGAAAAUUUGGGAGAGGUGGGAGGUCGAGGAGGGGAGGCGGGAGAAGGAGGCGGCUGUCGUGCGGGAGGCCGGGGUGGAGUUGAUGCGGCUGCUGGGGAGGAGGGGGGUGAAGAGGGGAGUGGAGUUUCACAAUGGGGAUGGGGCUGGGGAUGGAUCCAGGAACCGACAGGGGGGUUGA